CGGGGCGGGGCCUGCGGGGCCUGCGGAAGGAGGCCGCCUGUCCGCAUGUCCGGGCCGCGGCGGGUGGCUUCUCUGCUGGGACUCGGGCUGCUCCUGUCCAGGGCGGCGGGCGCGGGACGCUGUCCGGCCCGGCUCUGGCCUCCGCCUCCCCGCGCCAUGCAGAGCGCCGCGCCGCCGGGCCUGAAGUUCCUGGGGCAGAAGGAAGCCCAGGCCAUCGACCAGGAGCUCUUCCAGGAGUACGGAUUCAGCGUGGACCAGCUGAUGGAGCUGGCUGGCCUCAGCUGCGCCACGGCCAUUGCCAAGGUAGGAAUCCCAGGGAAGGGGAAACAAACCCUUCGCCCGGCCGGCUGUCUUGAGCGGCCCCAUUUCCAGAGCUGGCGCUGCGUAGCGAAGGGAGAGCUUUCGGCCUGGGUACGGAUGUAG